CUGCUGAGGAGCUGAAAACACAGAGACAUGAUGAGGGUUAAAAACACGGCCAGACUUCUGCUGCUCACCUCUCUGCUUCUCACAGCUGUUUGGUGUGAAAAGGAGUCCCUGUAUGUUUACAGCGUAGCCGGAGGAGAAGCCUACCUCCCAUGUACCAACCUGAUGACGUCAGACUGCUCCCGUAUCAGCUGGACCUUUUUCUUUAAAGGUGAUGGGGUACGAUACACCACAGAGAUCAGCAUGGGGAAGGUGGGAGCAAACGCAGACAAGGCCGGCCGUAUGUCCCUCUUAUCCAACUGCUCUCUCGUCCUGAGAGACCUCCGGCCUGAGGAUGCAGGCUCCUACGUCUGUCUGCUGGACAGGAACGCCACCACAGACGUCUACUUCUCUGUCCUCAGCAUCACUUCAGGCUCCAGCAUCACUGACCUGCAGCCUGGAGGAAGCCUGAGCCUGAGCUGUGUGCUUUUCACCUACUUUGAUGCAGGGAGCUGCAAGUGGUACUCCAAUGUGUUCGACCUCAGCUGGACGGCCGAAGAUGGCACCAAGCUGCCCCAAGACAGCAGGUACAAGCUGAUCAGCCCAAACCGCUGUAACGUCACCCUGUUGAUCUCAAACCUUCAGAGCAGAGACAACAACAGGAGGCUGAGGUGUCAGGUGAACACCACGCAGAGCCCCCAGGAUCUGUUUCUGGACUUUAAAUCCACAUUUUUGUUUGGAGAUUCUUCUUCUGUCCAGAGAGUGAUUCCCUCUGAAUCUAACUGUGAUUGGUCAGAGCAGCUGCCCAUCAGUCGCAUUGUGCUGUGUGUGGCUCUACCCAUCAUGGUGAUCAUUGUGGGAUUCUUCACGUGGAGAGUAGACCAAAAGAUGGCCAAAAAUAGACCUGACAUCGAGCUCCAUGAAUUUAAAUGACAGGUUUUCUUCUUAUGUGAUCAGUUUUGCAUUUUUUGCAAUGACUUCCCAAUAAAGAUGAAUAGAGUUUUGUGUUUAUAUUAGCAACCAGAAUACAGGAGAGAAAUUUUCCUUCUUCAUGAGCAGCAAUAUCAAACUAAGGACACAUGGAUAGGCCAAAAGAAUUACAGGCAAGACCAAGGUAGGAUUAUCUCUGCUCUCGAUCGUCACAACACAAAUAUAUACAUGAAUGAUUACAGUGAAAUGCACCAUAUCCCACCUCCACCCACUACCCAUCCAGCACCCAAGCACCCCAAGGACCCCAUGGAUGGACCCAAAAACACAAAAGAAACAGCUUCAAGUCUGUUUUGCUGUGGUGAGGCUGGUUGGGACACGUAAGGACAGAGGAAAUUUUUAAAGAACCAGAUGUUAUGUUCUUCUUCAUAACUGUACAUGCCAUGAGUAAAAAGAGGCAAAAAGACUAUAAAAGCCCUUAUAUUAUGGCUGUACAGGCAUUUACAGUUUUAGCUUAUGGAAGCAACUCGCUUGUCUUUUAUGUAUAAUUUAUUACAAAUAAAUUUACUUUCAGAAAUCAAAAUUUACUUUCACUUUCAUAACCUAUUGACUGAUGUGUAAUCAGCCAAUCACAUUGCAGCAACUAGUGCCUUAAGACAGUGUUUCCCAACCAUUUUACCUUGCCCCCCCCACCACCCUUAAAAACCUCAAAAAAAAAAAACCUUUGCAUAUUUCUUUUAACCAAAGGACAUUUGAAAAAAUGAUUUAAUAAGUGCUUUAUCGUGGUUUUAGUUAAUCUAGUUUUUUUUGUUUGUUUGUUUGUUUUUUUGCUUUUUUUUUUUUAC